GUAUUUGAAUUUUGUUAAUCCUUCAUUCUUUUUGUAUUGUUUCACAAUGUAUGACGAGCUGCAUAUUUUGAUCGCGAAAGUCUCACUUUGAAAAUAUCUUCGCUACCUGGGACUGCCAAAAUAUGGGUCCUAAGGCUAAACGUCAAAAAUGGCUCUGAGAUGCUUGAAGGGUCCGGCGCCAACCAUCUUUAUGAAUCUUUUGAGAGGCUUCCAUGUGGCACAUUGGAGAGACCGAAAUGAUUUAAAAUUGAUGAUUUCGUUGCCACCAACUAAACUUCCUCUAUGGUUGUCUCAUGGAGUGUCAUCGACUUCCAUGGGAAUUACGGUACAGAAACAAGCAUCUCUUCACCACUAGCUUCCAGUUUUAUAUUCAUACCGAAGGUUCUUGUCACAUUAAGGUCUCCAACACCUUGUGCUAUAUAAACUAGCAUCCUUCAGAGGAAUUCGUCACCAGAAAAGAAGUUGCUACGCAACCAAGUGCAACAAGCAAAGACGCCGAGAUCUCUCACUUGCCCGCGUUUUGUCGGAGAAACAGGCUUCCUCUUCUCCUCAUAAAAUGGCCUUGAUUCUCUUCCUCGCCUUCUCGUUCUUCCUCCAAGGAGCUCUGGGUAACAUUGCGUGCGAGCAGCUACCUACGGAACUCUGCUCGUUCUCGAUUGCAUCUAAUGGAAGGCGGUGCGUCCUGGAGAACUACGUGAGCCUGAUGGAUGGGAAGAUGGAAUACGAAUGCAAGACCUCUCAGGUGGCUGUGGAUAUCAUGCACGAGUGGAUCGAGACCGAUGAUUGCAUCCGUGCCUGUGGAGUGGAUAGGCAGUCUGUUGGCAUAUCUUCAGAUGCUCUCCUUCAGCCUUCCUUCACCGCCAAGCUCUGCUCACCGGCAUGUUACCACAACUGCCCUAACAUUGUUGAUCUUUACUUCAACUUGGCCCUCGGAGAAGGUGUCUAUUUGGCGGAUCACUGUGAGGUGCAACGGAGCAACCCGAAACGAGUCAUGAGAGAGGUUCGAGAUGCCAGCAUAGCAUCCGGUCCCAUGGGUGAUGCGCCUAUGGGGAGUCUUUCUGGUGAAUACUAUGAGAUUGGAGAUGCCCCUGCUGAAGCUCCCCUGUAUUACUAGGGGUCAUACUCAUAUAUAUUUGUGGUUCAU